AUGCGGGAUGCGCCGUCCGAGUCGAUGUCAUCGUUUGCUGCAAAAACUUUUAUCACUGUACUACUAUUCAGAGAAAAGACUGUAACGCUGGAUUCAAGCGGCGAAGAGCAAUUUGCAAUCAAGUUGCAAAGUGCCCGCACAAUGGAGCUGUGUCUCACCAAGUGGUGGUCAAAUCUGGAUGAAGCAGUGCUGGAAGCCGAAAUGGUCUUCUAUGGUAUUCUCCCUUCACCAACCAACAUGAAUAUU